AUGGACGGAGCGACAGAGUCCGGCGCAGCAUCGUCACCUGUCGUCGUCUUUAAGCGAAAGCGAGGACGUGCUUCUCAAGGCACGUCGUCCACCUUGACGAAUGUCGCUACCAGCAGUCAAGCAGGACCAUCGGGAGCAUCACGCGCUCACUCCGACAGUGGAUCGUCCAGGAGCGAUUCCGAAUCUGGCUCUACUGUAGUGAUAAAGAAGAAACGAAGGUCGGCGAACCCGCUUGUACAAUCGACGGGACGAGUGUAUCGCAAACUCAAGCUCAGCGGCUCGCUCGACGGCGAGAAGGAAAACUCGGUUGAUGCGGACGAGUCAGGUGAUGCUGGCUUGACGAGCAGCAGCAUCGCCUCUUCUUCACUUCAGAAGAUGCGAGAAGAUGCUACACGGAACAGUGAUUGGGAUCUGGAUACGGCUGGUACGUUGAAAGAGACCGGUGUCACGAGCAACUCUGACGGGCUGUAUCGUGGGGCUAAAUCGUACGCCUCGUUUACGCGCACACGCGACGAUGGAUGUUCGAGCAAGAUGCGUUCACGCGGACCGAUUCGUCAGACGACCACUGUACGAACGACGUCACUGAUCGACUACCAACCAGAUGUCUGCAAAGACUACAAGGAAACCGGCUACUGUGGAUUCGGCGACACAUGCAAAUUCCUACAUGACAGAUCCGACUACCUCGCCGGAUGGCAACUCGACGUCCUCCCCAACUCUUCCUCUCGAACCAGGGAAAACAUGCUCUCCGAUCCCGAAGACAGCGAUACCGAAGACGAUAUACCGUUCGCUUGCUUGAUCUGUCGAAAAGCGUUCACCGAUCCCGUCGUCACACGCUGCGCUCACUACUUUUGCUCGUCUUGCGCCAUCAAACGUUUCGCCAAGAAUAGCAAGUGCUUCGCUUGCGGUCAGCAGACAGGCGGCCUCUUCAACAGCGCCAAAAAGGUGCUCGAAAGAAUGGACAAGCUAAAACAGCAAAAGGCGCAACUCAGAAGAGAAAAGCACGAGUGGCUCCAAGAUCCACAGCCCACACACCAAUUAGCAACCGCCGGUGAUAGCGAUGUCGAUUAG